AUGCCUCGCCAGAUCUCCCUUCUCUGUCCAGGACUUAGUCUAUCACCCAGUCGAGAUACAAAGCACACCUUUACAAGAAGACAAAGUGCUUUGCAACCCUCGGAUGGCGUAUACAAGUCCGAUAUCACUGCACCAGAUGAUCUUAGAGAAGCACACCAGAAAGCGGCAGCACUGGUGGCACCUGUGGAAAACGUCGUCAACAACGACAAGGAAAACGACCCGACCAACGGCUACGUCAACUACCUCGACGCGUCCGACGCGCAGGCCGCAAACCUCGCCGGCGUCGUCGACGACGUUGUCACGAUCCGCUCCGACUCCUCGAACAUCGCCUCGGGCCGUGGCCGCGACAGCGUCCGCGUCACGAGCAGGAAUCAGUAG